CUUUGACCACUCCUUUUUCCUCUCCAAACAAACCCCUUGUUUCAUCCUCCGCCGCAAUCCUAACCCAUCAUUAAGAUGCAGCAACCCACCGCCACCGCCACCGGAACCACCACCGGCCCCACCACCACCGAACUAACCCCACAACAACAACAACAGCAACAGCAGUGGUUAGCGAUGCAACAAUACCAACAACAACAAUGGUUAGCGAUGCAGCAGUACCCUGCCGCCGCCGCUAUGCACCACCCCGCCAUGAUGUACCAGCAGCCGCCGCCGCAAUACAUGCCUUAUCACUAUCAACAACAACAGCAGUAUCAGCAGCAGGCUCAACACCAUCAUAAUAACAAUCAGAUUCAGGGGUCUAGUGAAGAUAAUAAAACCAUUUGGGUUGGUGAUCUACAACACUGGAUGGAUGAAACUUAUCUUCAAUCUUGCUUUUCCCAGAUCGGAGAGGUACAAUCAAUAAAGAUUAUAAGGAAUAAACAGACGGGUCAAUCCGAGCGUUACGGAUUCAUUGAAUUUCUUUCUCAUUCGGCCGCUGAAAAAGCGAUUCAGAGCUACAACGGGUCGGUAAUGCCGAACACCGAUCAAGUCUUUCGGUUAAACUGGGCGAGUUUUAGUACAGGGGAGAAACGCGGUGACACGGGGUCAGAUUUAUCUAUAUUUGUCGGUGAUUUGGCACCAGAUGUGACCGAUUCAAUUUUGCUUGAAACGUUUGCUAGUCGAUAUCCAUCGGUUAAAGGUGCAAAGGUUGUUGUGGAUACGAAUACUAUGUGUUCAAAAGGUUACGGGUUUGUUAGGUUUAGUGAUGAAAGUGAGAGAUCAAGGGCUAUGAAUGAAAUGAACGGUCAGUAUUGUUCAAGCAGGCCCAUGCGGAUCGGUGUUGCCACACCUAAGAAACCGUCUGGUCAACAACAAUAUGGUCAACAGCAAUUUUCGUCACAAGCUGUGAUAUUAGCUGGUGGAAAUGGUUCAUUUGGUGCCAACAACCAAUCUGAUGAAGAUUCUUCUAACACAACAAUCUUUGUGGGUGGGCUUGACUCCGAAGUCAAUGACGAAGACUUGCGGCAAACUUUUAUUCAGUGUGGCGAGAUUUUAUCGAUCAAAAUACCUGUUGGAAAAGGAUGCGGUUUUGUCAGAUUUGCUAACAGGAGUAGCGCUGAGGAUGCAAUUCAGAACAUGCAUGGCACAGUAAUUGGCAAGCAGACGGUUCGUAUAUCGUGGGGUAAAACUCCAGCUGGCAGACAGCGAAUGGAUUCGAACGGAAACUACCAGGGGAAGCAAGGAUACGGAGGCGGAGGGUACGGAUACGGUUACGGGUACGGUAUGGCACAGAAUCAGGAUUCAGGCAUGUACGGUGGUGAAGCUGCAUCGGGGGGCUAUGGAUCAAACGGGUACGGAAACCAUCAGCAGCCCGUAAGCUAAUGUGGUCGAGGAGUCUGAUACCGUUAUGUUUCUGUUAGUCAAGACUAUGAUGAGAUGAUAUCAAAGACUUAUAUAAUAUUUUCUUUUAUGGUUUAUAAAUGUAACUGGAAGUUAUUUUCAGGUCUUAUAAAGACUUCAAAGUUUUGGGGAUAAUUUGUUAUUUGUGCUCCUGUUUUUGAAUUAUUAUUCAUUGCUUGUUUU